CCAAAAGCUCCUUGAGGUCCAAGAUACCGAGGAGGAGUCGGUAUUUCAAUUAAUUUUGGCGUCGGUCCAUUCCCAGCCUUAAAAAAAAUCCAAGCAAUACCAACACAAACAAAGAAUAGGACUCCAAGAAACUUCCGCACUCAGUCCACCCCGUAUUCCAUUUCUCAUCCCUUUACAAUCCGCUGACCACCAUAAACCAUAACCAUUGAUAAACACCAUUACAGUCCAUUUUACCUUUCGACAGAUCAUCGGAACGAUAUUAUUAUCUGUCAUCGCUAUAAUUUCUUUGAGGCAAUUCGUCGAACAUAUGCGAUGCAGCUUAUGAAGACGUUACACAUCAUCAAGUACUGGCUAACAGAGCACCCUACCAUUGUAAACUUCCGGUGGAGUUCCACCCAAUCAUGGGGCUCCACGUGGUCUUUCCUCUUCACCGUCAUCCCCGCCUACCUCGCCGUCGCCGUUACCCUCCACCUCAUCCUCACCAUCUUCCGCCGCCGCCGUCCAGUGCCGCUCGGCCCAAUCCCGGCCGCGCACAGCCUCCUGAUGGCUUUAAUCUCCGCCGUGAUCUUCGUAGGCAUCCUCCUCUCCUCGGCCGCAGAGAUUCGCGACACGCGGUGGCUCUGGCGGCGCACCAAGACCACCCCGUUCCAGUGGCUCCUCUGCUUCCCUCUCGGCACGCGCCCCUCCGGGCGCGUCUUCUUCUGGUCCUACGUCUUCUACCUAUCCCGGUUCCUCCACCUGUUCCGCACAUUCUUCACCAUCCUCCGGCGCCGGCGACUCUCCUCCUUCCACCUCUUCAACCAAUCCAUCCUCAUCUUCACGUCCUUCCUCUGGCUCGAGUUCUCUCAAUCGUUUCAGGUCCUGGCCAUACUCUCCUCCAGUCUGCUCUACUCCGUGGUCUACGGGUACCGGUUCUGGAUCGGAGUCGGGUUGCGCGGCGCGUGCUUCCCACUCGUGGUGAAUUGCCAGGUGGCGUUGCUGGUAUGCAACUUGGCCUGCCACGUCGGCGUUCUGUUGCUUCAGGUUUUCAAAGGCGGGUGCAACGGAAUUGGGGCGUGGGUGUUCAACUCUGUGCUCAAUGCCGCCAUUCUUUUGCUGUUCAUGAAGUUUUAUGUGAAAACGCAUUUGAAGAAUUCAAAGGUGCGUGUUGAGGUUGAAGAAGAGAGUAGUUCCACACGUUGGGGAUCUGGUUUGGAGUCAAACAAUGAGGUUAAAGAGAACUAGACAAGAGCAGGUGAGUUGGUUACUAGGCAGGAGGAGAGUUUUGUUAUUUGUUUUCUUUGUAAUUUUAUUUUUUACUGGGAAUAUACAUUGUGAAUAUGAUCUCUUUCUUGCCUGA